UGCUGCUGCGAACAUGGCGUCAGCGCGAACACAGCGGAGCCCGGAGUGUGCAGAGGAAUAGCGCCACUCUCAGUGCGGACACCGCGCCCGAGCCUGGACCUGCACGCGGGGGAAGCGGAGCCGAGCGGUUUGCGGGACUUUGCGCGUCUGAACUCAUGCACGAGUAGCAGAGCUCAUCGCGGCCGGGUAUGGAGCCUCCAGGACAGGGCAGGCCGGCCGAUCCACCGCGGGAUGCGUCCCAGCGGAACUCCGAGGCGGACGAGUUGUGGGACGAGGCCGGUCAGGAGUGUUUAUACGGCACCUCGCCCCCCUACACGGCUCGCCAGAUGAAACACCUGUCGGGCAAACACCACAGGGGUAACCAGAGCAGGCCGUCCGGGCGCUCCCCCAGCAAAGCCUCGUUAGCGGAACGGAGCCUCUCCAGUCCGUCCUCGCAGAGAGAGCGGGCGGGAGCCAAACCCAAGCUCAGCGAGGACGCCAGCUACAAGCAGGACAAGAAAAUCCGCACCAACCUGCGCGCCAACGACCGGGACAAGAAGAAGAUCUUCGAGGGCUCCUUCGUGUUGGAUCCUCCCUCCAGGUCUGGUCACUUCAGCGCCGUCAGCAUGGACCCCAGGAAGCCGUACCUCAGCCUGGGCUGCACCAUGCCCCACUCCCUGCCCCGCACCCACAGACAGACCUCGCGCACCGACUGUCCGGCCGACCGCCUGAAGUUCUUCGAGACGCUGCGCCUGCUCCUCAAGCUGACCUCCAUGUCGUCCAAGAAGAAGGAGAAGGAGCAGCGAGGCCUGGAGAACACGGCCUUCAUGGGACAGAACAACGAAGUCAUCUGGCUGGAGCUGCAGGCCUGGCACGCCCGCCGCAGCAUCACCGACCAGGACCUGUACCUCUACACGGCUCGCCAGGCCAUCCCCGAGAUCAUCAGCAAGGUGCUGAACUUCCAGGUCGACUACAGCAACCUGGCCGCGACCGGGAGUCAGGUCCAGAAGGACUGCUGCUCAGGAGGGACUAACUGCAGGACUUGCCCCGGCUCUUGGUCGGAGGUCGAUGCCGCCGCUCUGCUGGGCCCGGGUUCCGCCUGCCGGGAGCAUUUGCAGAGGCAGCGCCUGGCCUUCGAGCAAGUCAAGGGCGUGAUGGGGUUGUUGGAGUCGGUGGAGGCGCUCUACCCGUCCCUGCAGACCCUGCAGAAGGACUACGAGAAGUACGCGGCGAGGGAUUUCCAGGGCAGGGUGCAGGCGCUCUGCCUGUGGCUCAACAUCACUCAGGACCUGAACCAGAAGCUGCGCGUGAUGGGCACCGUGCUGGGCCUCGGAGACCUCUCCUGUAUCGGCUGGCCGGUCUUCGAGAUCCCAUCGCCCCGCUGCUCCCAUGGCAACGCCGACGAGGAAGAGGAGGGCGAGGAGAGCGACUCCGCGAACACUUUCACGGCCGAUAGCGAUACGGAGGAGAGCGAGAUGGGUGAGGUGGCAGCCAAGCUCUCCCGACAGGUAUCGGAGGAGUUCGUGUUGGCCAGUGCUGGCGAGAGCCAGUGCUGCCCGACGGGUAUCUACAGGCCGUUCGUCGAUAAGGCGCUGAAGCAGAUGGGCCUGCGCAAACUCAUCCUUCGGCUGCACAAGCUGAUGGACCGCUCGCUGCAGAGGUCGAGGACUGCACUGCUGAGCCACAUGCCCUCUCAGGAGUGGUCCGAGGUUCCGGACUCGACGUUGCUCUACAGCGACUACCUGCCCGAGCUCUCGCGCCACCUGGCCGAACACCUGGAGGAGGAGUCGGCUUCGGUCAGGGUCUCGUACGUGGAGCUCCAGAGUAUGGACCUGCCGUCGUUCCGGCCCGCCUUCCUGGUGCUCUGCCGCGUGCUGCUAAACGUCAUCCACGAGUGCCUGAAGCUCCGCCUGGAGCAGAGACCCGCCGGGAAGCCCUCGCUGCUCAGCAUCAAGCAGCUGGUGCGCGAGUGCAAGGAGGUGCUGAAAGGCGGGCUCCUGAUGAAGCUGUACUACCAGUUCAUGCUGCGCGGCAUCAUUUCAGACCCCCAGGGCCUGCAGUCCAACGCCAACAUCGACGACUUCGAGGAAGAUCUCCAUAAAAUGCUAGAGGUCUACUUCGGCUACAUGCGCAGCUGGAUCGAGAUGCUGCAGCAGCUCCCUCAGGCGUCCCACAGCCUGAAGAACCUGCUGGAGGAGGAGUGGAACUUCACCAAGGUCAUCACGCCGUACAUCCGCGGCGGCGAGGCUCAGUCGGGAAAACUGUUUUGUGACAUCGCCGGGAUGCUGCUGAGGUCGACCGGAGACUUCCUGGACGAAGGUCUCAUAAAGAGUUGGGACGAGUUCUGGAAAAACGGCGACGGGAGCACGGCGUCCGACGAGAUCAGGCGCUCCGUGAUCGAGACCAGUCGCUCUCUGAAAGAGCUCUUCCACGAGGCCAGGGAGCGGGCGUCCAAGGCGCUGGGGUUCGCCAAGAUGUUGCGCAAGGACCUUGAGAUCGCCGCCGAGUUCAGUCUUGCCAGCGGGGUGCCUUGUAUCGUCCGGGCCCUGAAAGAAAGAAGCUACGUCAAGGUCCAGGUCCCAGGCCUGGAGGAACUCCAGGUGUUCGUCCCGUGCGGACUGACGGACCAGCGCCCCACCGUCCUGCAGCUGCUGAACGCGGCGGCGGGGAAGGAGUGCUCCAAGGAGCCGGACGAGAUCCACGAGAACGAGGCCUAUCUGCUCCUGAGCAAGCACGGGACAGGCUGGUCCCAGUGGGACGGGCCCGUGGUCAAACUGGUGCCGCAGAUGGAGACGGUGGACACCUUGAAGGCCAUGAAGGUGGAGGACCUGUUGUUGAUCGUCAUGCAGUCGGCUCACCUGGUGACCCAGCGCAAGGCCUUCCAGGAGUCCAUGGGGGACCUGCUGUCCCUACGGCGCGAGCAGACGUCCAGCCAGCCGCUCAUCGCCCAGGCGCUGGAGCAGCUCAAGAACGGCGCCCUGGAGCUGUGCACCAAGAUCAACGACGCCAUCGACCGGGUGGAGGACGUGUUCACGUCCGAGUUCGAGGCGGAGGUGGAGGAGUCCGAGUCGGCCACGCUGCAGCAGUACUACAGGGAGGCCAUGAUCCAGGGCUACAACUUCGCCUUCGAGUACCAUAAAGAGGUGGUGCGGCUGAUGUCCGGAGAGUUCCGACAGCGGAUAGGGGAGCGCUACAUCGCCUUCGCGCGGAAGUGGAUGAACUACGUUCUGACCAAGUGCGAGAGCGGUAGAGGUACCCGACCCAGGUGGGCGACGCAAGGUUUCGACUUCCUUCAAGCCAUCGAGCCGGUUUUCAUCUCCGCGCUGCCCGAGGACGACUUCCUGAGUCUGCAGGCCUUGAUGAACGAGUGUAUCGGUCACGUGAUCGGGAAGCCGCACAGCCCCGUGAGCAGCCUGUACCUGGGUCCUAGGAACAGCCCUCGACCCGUCAAGGUUCCCCGCUGCCACAGCGACCCUCCGAACCCGUCCCUCUUCAUUCCCAACGCUGAGGGCACCAGCAUCCACGAGAACGACCGUCUCUCCUCGGUGGCGGCCGAACUUCAGUUCCGAUCCCUCAGUCGCCACUCGAGUCCCACGGAGGACCGGGAAGAGCCGUCGUAUCCGAAACCCGAUCCCGCGGCCGCGACCCACCGCAACUGGGAGCUCCGGAACUUCAUUAACCAGCCCAAAGACGCGGCGGCGUGCCUGAGCCCGAUGGUGACGGUGUCCCGGACCAUCCGCUCCUUCGAGGAGACGCGCUACGCCCUCCUCAGGCGGCGCAACGUCAUCGGCCAGGUGUGCGACACGCCCAAGUCCUACGACAACGUCAUGCACGUGGGUCUGCGCAAGGUCACCUUCAAAUGGCAGAGGGGCAACAAGAUCGGUGAAGGGCAGUAUGGGAAAGUCUACACAUGCAUCAACGUGGACACGGGUGAACUGAUGGCGAUGAAGGAGAUCCGCUUCCAGCCGAACGACCACAAGACCAUAAAGGAGACGGCGGACGAGCUGAAGAUCUUCGAGGGAAUCAAACACCCCAACCUGGUCCGGUACUUCGGGGUGGAGCUGCACCGGGAGGAGAUGUACAUCUUCAUGGAGUACUGCGACGAGGGCACGCUGGAGGAGGUGUCCAGGCUGGGGCUGCAGGAGCACGUCAUCCGACUCUACUGCAAGCAGAUCACCACCGCCAUCAACGUGCUGCACGAGCACGGGAUCGUCCACCGCGACAUCAAAGGAGCCAACAUUUUCCUCACGUCCUCCGGCCUGAUCAAGCUGGGCGACUUCGGCUGCUCGGUCAAGCUGAAAAACAACGCCCACACCAUGCCCGGAGAGGUCAACAGCACGCUCGGGACAGCAGCGUACAUGGCUCCCGAGGUCAUCACCAGGGCGAAGGGCGAGGGUCACGGGCGCGCGGCCGACAUCUGGAGUCUGGGCUGCGUCCUGAUCGAGAUGGUGACCGGAAAGAGGCCGUGGCACGAGUACGAGCACAACUUCCAGAUCAUGUACCGGGUGGGCAUGGGGCACAAGCCGCCCAUCCCGGAGAAGCUGAGCACGGAGGGGAAGGACUUCCUGGCCCACUGUCUGGAGAGCGAGCCCAAGUGCCGCUGGACCGCCAGCGCCCUGCUGGACCAUCCCUUCGUCAAGGUUUGCACAGACGAGGAGUGACGGCGCGGCGCGGCGGCCCUGCACUUUUUUUUUUGUCGUCCACGUUUACAAAUGCUAGCACUACUGUGUAACGUAUUCGGAAGUAACUGUGAUCCCGCGGACGACGUUAAGAUCCGGGAAAGUUCUCCUCGGAGACGUUAGGAGGGAUGAAAGUGUCGGCGCGGCCACCGGGGGGCGUAUUGUACAUAAUGUAAGAAUGCGGUUAGGGUUUAUCUUUUGUAUAAAGCCUGUUGUAAAGCCACUUGUGCAGAACCAGAACCAGACAUUUUGAAUAAGACGGAUUUUUUUCCGUCUCCGCCGGGCCGGAGGGACGCGAAAUAAACACCUGCUGUGGGUUUUUCUUUGUUUUUUUUGUUUUCAGGUCAUCCGCUAUGCAUUUUACGUGUACGCUGUUAAACCACACGGUAGAAACAAGGUCUAAAAGUCAUUAAAGGGAGGAAUAUGUUUUAAA